AUGAACGUUUCAAAAAUCCUUGCAUCGCCCACGGUCACAUCGAAUGUUUUGCGCAUAUUUGCUCCCAGGCUGCCACAAAUUGGUGCUUCUUUGCUAGUACAUAAAAAAUGGGCCUUAAGAUCGAAGAAGUUUAAUCGUUUUUAUUCUGAAAAGGUCAGCGAUGAGAUACCUUCAAAGAAGGGCGUUGACGGCACUGAAAAGUUGACCAAUAAAUCUACAAUUUCUACAAAGGACAAUGCCUCUUCGUCACAACCACCCAACAGUAAUGAUAAAACUAAACAGGCAAACGUAGCUGUGUCACAUGCCAUGCUGGCAACUAGGGAACAGGAGGCUAAUAAAGAUUUAACUAGUCCUGAUGCGCAAGCAGCCUUUUACAAGCUUCUGCUGCAAUCAAACUACCCUCAAUAUGUAGUCUCCCGAUUCGAGACACCCGGUAUUGCAUCUUCGCCCGAGUGUAUGGAGCUGUAUAUGGAGGCUUUACAAAGGAUAGGCAGACACUCGGAAGCCGAUGCCGUAAGACAGAAUUUAUUAACAGCCAGUUCUGCUGGUGCGGUUAACCCAUCAUUGGCUUCAUCUUCAUCAAACCAGUCAGGUUAUCAUGGCAACUUUCCAUCUAUGUAUUCUCCACUGUAUGGAUCCCGCAAAGAGCCGCUACAUGUUGUCGUUUCUGAAUCAACCUUUACUGUGGUAUCAAGAUGGGUAAAGUGGUUGCUUGUUUUUGGUGUCCUAACCUAUUCUUUUUCAGAAGGUUUCAAAUAUAUCACGGAAAAUACAACACUACUGAAGUCGUCAGAGGUGGCCGACAAAUCUGUUGAUGUUGCCAAGACAAACGUCAAAUUUGAUGAUGUAUGCGGUUGUGAUGAAGCUCGUGCAGAAUUGGAAGAAAUCGUCGAUUUCUUAAAGGAUCCAACCAAGUACGAAUCUUUGGGUGGCAAACUACCAAAGGGUGUGUUGUUGACUGGACCUCCUGGUACAGGUAAGACUUUGUUGGCUAGAGCGACUGCCGGUGAGGCCGGUGUAGAUUUUUUCUUUAUGUCGGGUUCUGAAUUUGAUGAAGUUUACGUCGGUGUUGGUGCUAAGCGUAUCCGUGAUUUGUUCGCCCAAGCACGUUCUCGUGCCCCAGCUAUUAUUUUUAUUGAUGAAUUGGAUGCUAUCGGUGGUAAACGUAAUCCAAAGGAUCAGGCGUAUGCUAAACAAACGUUGAAUCAGUUAUUGGUUGAGUUAGAUGGUUUUUCACAAACAAGCGGAAUUAUUAUCAUUGGUGCCACCAAUUUCCCUGAGGCCUUAGAUAAGGCGUUAACUAGGCCAGGAAGAUUUGAUAAGGUCGUGAAUGUGGAUUUACCGGAUGUUCGAGGUCGUGCUGAUAUAUUGAAACACCACAUGAAGAAAAUCACAUUGGCAGACAAUGUAGAUCCAACUAUUAUUGCACGUGGAACCCCAGGCUUAUCAGGUGCUGAGCUAGCAAAUUUAGUUAAUCAAGCAGCAGUUUAUGCCUGUCAGAAGAACGCUGUUUCUGUUGAUAUGUCGCAUUUUGAGUGGGCUAAGGAUAAGAUCUUGAUGGGCGCUGAAAGAAAAACCAUGGUUUUAACAGAUGCGGCUAGAAAAGCCACUGCUUUCCACGAGGCUGGACACGCCAUCAUGGCCAAGUACACCAACGGUGCUACCCCCCUAUACAAGGCUACUAUUUUACCCAGAGGUAGAGCAUUAGGUAUUACUUUCCAACUACCAGAAAUGGAUAAGGUCGAUAUCACCAAAAGGGAAUGUCAAGCUAGGUUGGACGUGUGCAUGGGGGGAAAAAUUGCAGAAGAAUUAAUAUAUGGUAAAGAUAACACCACAAGUGGUUGUGGAUCUGAUUUGCAAAGCGCAACUGGCACAGCAAGGGCAAUGGUCACCCAAUACGGUAUGAGUGACGAUGUUGGUCCUGUCAAUUUGUCAGAGAAUUGGGAGACUUGGUCUAAUAAGAUUCGCUAUAUUGCUGAUAACGAGGUAAUUGAACUUUUGAAGGACUCAGAAGAAAGAACAAGAAGAUUGUUGACUAAGAAAAAUGUCGAACUACAUAGACUUGCCCAGGGUCUUAUUGAAUACGAGACACUAGAUGCACAUGAAAUUGAAAAGGUUUGUAAGGGUGAAAAGUUGGAUAAACUCAAGACUUCUACCAAUACGGUUGUGGAGGGGCCAGACAGUGACGAACGUAAGGAUAUUGGAGACGACAAACCAAAAAUUCCCACAAUGUUGAAUGCAUGA